AUGGCAUCCUCGCGUCCGAAAAAGACCAUCACCCGGGGACACAGCUGUGUCGCUUGUGCUCUUCGCAAGGUACGAUGUGACGGCCAGAGACCGUGUUCAACAUGUCGGAAGUCGGAUGCGCAAUGCAUCUCGAAGCCUGUCCAGCCUGCUCGAAGUAGACGUGCUAAAGAAGCUCGAGGCUCCAAUGUUGUGCUCAACAGCACGCCUAGCAGAUCCAAUAUCAUCGAACCAAGCGUCGCUGAGCACGUGAACGAGCGAGAAGAUUCAGAAGUGGAGAUCGACCCGACCCCCUUUACAAGUCCACAUUCUAUGUCUGCCGAGGGACUCGUCCUUGGACAAUCCAAUGUCAACCUGUCUCAUCAACAUCCUAGUCUAAGCUGCGUCAUCUGGCUCUGGAAAACCUACUUAGAGAAUGUCAAUCCUCUUGUCAAAAUGCUGCACAUUCCUACAGUGCAGCCUCUAAUCUUUGAUGCUGCUUCCGAUACCACGAAGCAGUUACGUCCGAACAAAGAAGCACUGCUCUUCUCGAUAUACUUGAUUGCUCUCUCCUCCGUACCUCACUGUGACCAAGUCGAAGCCGAAAGAAUCAUGGGUCAGCCAGUCAACAAGCUGAUCGACGUAUACACUGGAUUGGCCCAACAGGCUCUGGUCAACGCACGCUUUCUACAAAAGCCCAAUUUCAUCACACUCCAGGCCUUGACCCUGUUCCUGGUUGCACAGCGAGCAAAGAGCGAUCCUCAAACCUUGUGGCAGUUGACUGGAGUGGCUAUUCGUACUGCCCAGCAGCUGGGCUACCAUCGGGAAAGAGCGCUCCAAAGCCCUUCUGUAACUGUGUUCCAAGCCGAGUUGUGCCGACGCUUGUGGUGGGAGUUGGCACACCUCGAAAGCUUUGCUGCCAAACAAUGCGGUGUGACAUCCAUUGUAUUUUCUCAAGGCUUCUGGGACACCAAUCGACCCUUGAACAUCAAUGACUCAGAUCUUCAUCCAGAACAGACAUCCCUGCAAAAAGAAACCCUUGGUAUAACCGAAAUGAGCUUUUGUAGCGCCCGCUUCGAAGUCGGCGAGCUCACAAUGGCUUACACCAAUCCCGACAAAUCGUCGCAUGAUCUCAGCCAAGUAGAUGCUGUCAUUGACGAACUACAACAACGUCUCGAGAACAGACUCUUAAAGUACUGCGAUCCUUCUAUACCAAUGCACAAAAUGUUGCAGCUCUUUGGCAGAGGCGCUAUCGCCCGCAUCAAGCUGACCGUCCGACGACGCUCAAUGUAUGCCAAGUCUGGCUUGUCUUUGGAGGAGCGAGACCGAACAUUUCUGCUUUGUCUGCAGCUGGCCGAAGCACCAAAUACCUUUGCGAAAGAUAGGACUGUACAGAAAUUCCUUUGGCAGGCCAAUGCGUUCUUUCCACUCGACGCAUUCAUGUUUCUAUUGGCGGAGAUUGCGUAUAGAACUGCUGAACAGCCUCUGCCAGUGUCUAUUGAGACCGUCUGGUCAGAGAUAGAAAAGGCCUAUGAUUCUCAGCCACGACUUUUAUAUGACGAAAGUAAUUCCAUAUACAACGCAGUCCGAAAUCUUACCCUGAAAGCAUGGCAGAAGUCGACAAAGGGUCGACAUCUAGAGCAUGCUGUACCUCAGUUUAUACAAACACUGAGACUGAAGUCAUCAGCAGUCGUAGCUGGCGAAGCAGUGCCUCAUACAGCAUCCGAAUCCACGAUUACAGAAGAUAAUAGCGGAACGAACAGUUUCGAUGGAAGCGACUUUAAUAUUGACCCAGACUGGAGCAAAAUCGCCAUCCCAGACGAUCCGGAAUUUUGGGAAUACUGGCAGCAGUUUGCAGCGGACAUGCCCGAGUUCUCUAUUACUUGA